UUUUAUAUUGAAUUUUUUAGAAUUUACUCUAAAAUAGUUGUAAAAUAAAAGUUCAUUGAAUAAAAAUGUCUUGUCGCAAAUUUUUUGUUGGUGGAAAUUGGAAAAUGAAUGGUGAUAAAGCAAAAAUUUUAAGCAUUUUGGAACUUCUUAAUUCAAGUAAUCUAAGUUCUAAAACUGAAGUUGUUGUUGCCCCGCCUUCAAUUUAUGUAUCCUAUGUAAAAGAUCAUAUCAAGCCUGAAGUUAGUGUUUCUCUGCAAAACUGUCAUGAAGCAACAUCAGGGGCAUUUACUGGUGAAAUCUCUGCUGAAAUGGGUCAAGAUGUUGGCUGUAAGUGGGUUAUCUUAGGUCAUUCAGAGCGCAGAAAUGUUUUUGGAGAAACAAAUUCUGUUAUUGGGGAGAAAAUAAAACAUGUUUUAAAAUCUACCAACUUAAACAUCAUUGCUUGCAUUGGUGAACUUCUUGAUGAGAGAGAGGCAGGAAAAACACUAGAAGUAUGUGCUACCCAAAUGAAAGCAAUAGCCUCCAAUGUAAGUGAUUGGUCUCGGAUUGUAAUUGCAUAUGAACCUGUAUGGGCAAUAGGCACAGGAAAAGUAGCUACUCCAAGUCAGGCACAAGAAGUUCAUCUUGAUGUAAGAAAAUGGUUGGCUUUAAAUGUUAGCGAAGAUGUUGCUCAAGCUACAAGAAUCUUAUAUGGAGGGUCAGUUACUGGCACAAAUUGUGCUGAGUUAGCCUUGAAGGAAGAUGUUGAUGGUUUUUUAGUUGGUGGAGCUUCUCUUAAACCAGAAUUUAUUGACAUUAUUAAUGCAGGAAAAUGAUUUUAUGCAAAGUUAUAAAUAUGUAUAUUGUUUAAAUUUUUUUGAAAAACAACUCAAAAAAUAAA